UGUGUUGCGCACUUCAUGCACUUGCAACUUAAAAAUAAGUUAGAAAAUACUUGCUCUAAGAAUUUUCAUCCCUUCAUUGGAUGGCAGACAAGAGCCGGCAUCUCCAAAGCCAGAAAAGGAAAGGCCCGCCUUGUACAGACAGCUCUGUGCCCUGACACAAUGGCUCCAGUAUAAAGUCUUGCUGGGCCCAGUGCUUGAAAGCAACAGAACAAAGAAACACCAAGUGGCUGUUUUUGAGACCAAAGAAUAUUGAAAAGGCAUCCAGGUCAUCUUGUGAUGGAGAAGUUUAAGGCUGCUCUGUUGCUGGCAGGGGUCGGGGAUGCUCUAGGCUAUCGAAACUUCACCCGGGAAAACAGCGCUUUAGGUGCAAAGAUCAAAGAGGAACUGAAGGAAAUUGGAGGACUUGAGAACCUAGUGCUGUCCUCUGACAAAUGGCCUGUGAGUGACAAUACUAUUAUGCACAUGGCUACAGCGGAGGCUCUCGUUACAGAUUACUGGUGUUUAGAAGAUCUAUAUCGGGAACUCGUAAAACGUUAUGUUGAUGUUGUUGACAAACUUCCUGAAAAAUGGUCAGAUCCUGCUACUAUUGAGGGCUGCUCCCAACUGAAACCAGACAACUACCUCCUGGCUUGGCACACACCAUUUAAUGAGAAAGGUUCAGGGUUUGGUGCAGCUACAAAAGCUAUGUGCUUAGGGAUGAGGUACUGGAAGCCUGAGAGGCUGGAAACUCUCAUUGAAGUGAGCAUUGAAGUUGGACGGAUGACUCACAACCACCCUACAGGUUUUCUAGGAUCGCUGUGCACAGCUCUGUUUGUCUCCUAUGCCAUACAAGGCAAGCCACUCGUCCAGUGGGGAAGAGAAAUGAUGAAGGUUGUCCCAAUGGCUGAGGAAUUCUGCAAAAAGACCAUUCGGCAUAUGGCAGAAUAUCAGGAACACUGGUUUUACUUUGAAGCAAAAUGGCAGUUUUAUUUGGAGGAGAGAGAAAUCACUGAAGAAAAUCAGAAUAAACCUGUAUUUCCUGAAAAUUAUGAUGCCGAGGAAAGAGAAAAGACUUACAGGAGAUGGAGUUCUGAAGGUCGUGGUGGACGGAGAGGUCACGAUGCUCCGAUGAUUGCAUAUGAUGCUCUCUUGGGAUGUGGUGGUGACUGGACUGAGCUUUGCAACCGGGCCAUUUUCCAUGGUGGUGAAAGUGCAGCCACUGGAAGUAUUGCUGGCUGUUUGUAUGGAUUACUUUACGGCCUCAACAAGGUCCCAAAAGGCUUGUAUCAGGAUCUUGAACAAAGGGAAAGGCUAGAACACUUGGGAGAGGCUAUUUACCGACUGACUACCGAGGAAAAGUAAAGAUUUUUCGGCAUAUUGUUUUCUUUUUAUAAGUAUUAUAACACACCCUGUAGCCCAAUUCAUAAGAACCAGGCCCUAAAUGUAUUUGUAACCCUACUUCACAUCAAAUUCUGGUUUAAUGGUUCAAACCUAAGAGACACUUCACACACAGGCUUUGUGUGAGUGUGCACAUUAAAGCAUACACCUAAAAAUGUAAUAGGUGAAUGAGCAGUUACCAGUCUAUGGAAAUCAUAUAGAGGCAUUAAUCAGAUAGCAGAAUUGAGUGCAGCUGCCUAUUAAAUAUGCCCUUGGUUAUAAAACAGGAUUUGCUGCCAUGUAAUGUGUAGAAAGGUCCUUAAAUUUAAUUAUAACAUUGUUUCAGGCACUGUAAUAAGGAAAUACUGUGCAGGUAUAAUUGAGUCCAAGAGUACCUAAAUACAAUCAGCCUUCCAUAUUUUAGAUAAUGUAAUAUUCACCUGCUACUUGAAGUAUAGUCCCUCCCUAUAAUUUGAAAAUGGAACCUUUCAACUUCCUCUGUUUAUGAAAUUGUUUCUCAUUUGUAACACUGGAUAUCCCCAUUCUUGAUUUAUGUCAACAACAGUAUAAUCCUAAACAGCACUGUACCCUUCUAUGUCCAUUGAAGUAAUUAGCUUAAGUCUGCUAAGGAUUGCAUUUUAGCUGGAGCUCUUUUCAGUCAUUAUAUUGAGGGAGAUUGUCCAACUGCACGAACUGGGACCAUACGCUACCCACAGUCCUCUUGAUAUGCAUGGCUGCUAUUUAAUCCAAAUAGGGCACAGCACAUAUUUUCUGCUUCAGUAACCAUGAUGUUUUUGUGUAGCAUGUCCUGAAGCAGAAAAUAUGCAUGGUCCCUAUUCAGAUGAAAUGGAGACCACACAUAUCAGAAAGAUCAUGGUUAGUCUGCACUUCCGGUAUGCAUGAUUCCACCCCCACCCCACGCCCCGGGACAUAAUGACUGUGAAGGACUUUACAUGCAAAAUGAACACUGUUUGCACACUUAUUUAAGCCAAACUAAUUUGAUCAUUCUUCAGAGGAAAUGUUUCUGAGAUUCUCUUCCCCCCCGUAAUAUUUACAAUGAAGUCUUUCUGUUUUCCUCUCAGUUCUUUAAUCUCAGCACUUCUUUGUCACCAACUAACUCACAAAUUCACUCAAUAGUGUUCCUUUCUUAAAACUGCAGUCUGAAAUUACAGCCAGCACCAGGAAGUUGUCCAAGCUAUGGCAGUGUACAAACAGAUACAAAGAAAUGUGCCAAUACAUACUGCAAAUCAUUUAUAGAUUUUUGGUGUGUUUUUUAAGAAAUCCUAGACAAACUUUUUAAAGAUUUGGGUGACUAAAAAUACUUAUAAAUAAAUCAAUCUUAUG